AUGAAUUUUAACUCUAUGGAAAUGUUAGUGAGCGGAAAUUGUUUACUUUAAGUAAAUUGAUUAACCAAAUAUUAACGUUAAACAAAUCUUUGCAUUAGUAAUGUAAUAGUGGUUAUAUUGUGAUAUAAUGAAAUAUGAUAACUUUUGCUAUUACGGAUAUACAAAAUUGCCAGAAAUUCAGGAAGCUGGCAGAGGACUUUAACCUAUACGAUGAUAACCACAAGUGCAAGAGGAUCGAUGGGCGGCGUGUGGGCGUGCCUCUUCGAGAAGGCGCAGUGGGAGGCUUGGCGACGUGCGAGGAUGAUCCAUCAGGCUACAGCCUGGGAGGUGUGUCGUUCCGCCUGGAGCACCAUGACGAUGUGAGGGGGAGGUCCAGGGCCACCGCAGCGGACAGCCUGCGAAGCAGCGUUCAGCAUGUGAUGAAGGGACGCGGCCUGUGGUCGCAGGAGCUCGAGGAAGAGGUGCCUCGCCGGUGGGAGAAGUUCGGCGAUCUGGUGGUGUUCAGCGCACAGAGGCACUUUGUGCAUGAACGCUGGGCACAGGCAGGAGAUGUGUUGUGGGACGCAGUGUGCGCGGCGCUCAAGGCGAAGCGUGUUGCGCUCAGGCACCACAUUCAGGCCAAUGAUUUUCGCAGCCCGUUGCUCCGGCUGGUGCGAGGUGAAUCUGGCUGGGUGGAGCACCGGGACAAUGGUAUACUGUAUGGCUGGGACGUCACCAAGAGCAUGUUCUGUGCGGGCAAUGCUCCAGAGAAGCAGCGCGUAGCACAGCUGGACUGCAGCGGGCAGACAGUGGUCGACAUGUUUGCAGGCAUCGGCUACUUCACCCUGCCCUUCUUGGUGCACGCCAAGGCACGCUGCGUACACGCCUGCGAGUGGAGCCCCCAUGCACUGCAUGCCCUCAGAUACAACCUGGAGCGGAACAAAGUAACUCACAAGUGUGUGGUCCACCCCGGUGACUGCAAUAAGGUGUGUCCGUCAAGAGUGGCAGACAGGGUUAACCUGGGACUGCUACCCUCGAGCCGCAUCAGCUGGCCGGUUGCUUGUGGUGCACUCAAGAACAGCGGGGGUGUGCUGCACAUACACGAGUGCGUCCCAGAGCACGGCGAGACCUGCUCAGAGUGUGCCACCAUCAUCGCCGGCCUCCCCGAGCGCGGCGCCUUGCUGACCAGGCAGUUCUUCUCGUGCAACAGGCUCCAGGACUGUUCGUUCCUGGUGUCGAGCGGUGACCGGCUGCCCUGUGGCGUGGUGGGGAGGACUGUGGCAUGGAGGUGGGCGGGAUGGCGCCGCUGGGCGCUGCACGCAGCCCACAGCGUGUGCGAGAUGCUGCCCCGGGAGGAAGCUCCCUGCUGGAGGGUGGUUGUGGAUGGCCUGCACCACGUGAAGUCCUACGCCCCGCAUGUGGACCACCUGGUGCUGGACCUGCGCUGUGAACCCCUUCACCACGCUGUUUCCUAGAUGACGGCAUUCUGGGUUGUUGGUAAGCGGAAAACACAAAGUAAUGUCAUUACUGGGCAGGACAAACUGUACAUACGUUAGUAAGUCUGCUCUCUGAGAAGAAGUUUUACGGUUAAGAACAUGGCUGCCCUAAAUCUGUCGAGUAAAGUGGGGCUGCUACGACAUCUAGUUGGAUCCUGCUCAUCACAAAAUUGAUAUUGUCAUGUAUACAGUAGAAUAUUGUUAUAAAGUACAUCAAUAAAGCCUCAACUUUUAUACUUAGUAA